ACGGAGCGGUGAUAAGGGGUCAUUGCGCGGAGCUCCGUGCAACCGAGCGCGGCCAAGCUUCGGCACAAUACCGAAGACCUCGGCAAGGUUUCGCGGAAGUGGGCGGUGGAGGGAGAUCAACCUCAUCACAGCGAUACUCGACACGGCAUCCACGAGACCUCAUCUCAAGCUCAAAGUCCGGCACCACCGCGUCUUCGCUACCUCACACUCGCAGCUUACCUCGAAAAACACUUGGAGAGGAGGUUCGUCUCUGACACAGCUAUACCUUUCGCCAUGAACUCUUCUCCUUCUUCAAGCAGGCCUAGGACGCCGAAUGAAGGGUCUUCCGGAGAGUCGAUCAUUGGGGGAAGGGUCGCUCGUGCGACGCGCAACGCGGCCCAUAUCGGGUCGGUGGUCGAUGACUGGCCGAUGUACUCGAGUCAGCCUCAAGACUAUGUGAUUGGAGAUGUGAUCGGCUUUGGAGGAAGCAGCGUGGUGUACCAGGCAGCGUUUGUGCCCCUAAGCGGACGACCCUGUGCGGUCAAAGUAGUCGAUCUCGAAGCUUUCGGAAGGGACACUGAGGGACUCCGACGCGAGACACAACUCAUGUCGCUCUCGAAGCAUCCGAACGUCUUGAGAGUUCGUGGAUGCUGGGUGCAAGGAAGCAAGUUGCAUAUUGCCACGCGUCUCAUGAGCGCAGGGUCCAUGCUGGAUAUCAUGAGAUUCUCAUAUCCAGAGGGGUUGGAGGAGCUGGUGAUUGCUACAGUGCUUCGGCAAGCCUUGGAGGGCUUGAACUAUCUGCACAUCAAUGGCUGGUUGCACCGAGACAUCAAAGCGGGAAACAUACUCGUAGAUGACGAUGGCACGGUAUUGUUGGGUGACUUUGGAGUGGGCGUAUACUUGGGCGACUGGUCAGAAGGAGCGGAUGCGGCAGCAGUGAAGGACGCUGGUCCGCCGAAAGCGGUGCCAGUCCUGGACGAUGGCAAACGCAAAAGCUUUGUGGGAACACCAUGCUGGAUGGCACCGGAAGUGGUUGAGCGCAAGCGGUACGGCACGAAAGCCGACAUCUGGUCUAUCGGCAUCACAGCGCUUGAGCUGUCACAGGGCAGAGCGCCGUACUCGAGAUUACCGGCGGUCAAAGUCCUCAUGAAGACGCUUCACGAAGAUCCACCCACUCUCGAUCGCACUGGCAAUGCACACAAGUACGGCAAGGUCUUUGACGACUUUGUGCGUGUGUGCCUACAGAAAGAUCCGGAAAAGAGACCCUCAGCUGCGCAGCUGCUUGGUCACGCCUUUUUCAAACAAGCAAGGAAUAACAAAUAUUUGACCACAACAAUUUUAGCGGGGCUACCGCCGCUCUCGGAACGACAGGACCGGCGCAGAGCCAUGUCAAUCACUUCCCUGAGAAAUCAGCCUUCUUGGGACUUUGGAAGUGUGUCGAGCCGGCACGGUACCAUCACCUCCAUCGACCCUUUUCGAGGCUUUACAGGCGCAACCUCGAUUCCAGUGUCGCCUGUGGGGUCUAUCAGAUCGCAUGCGAUGAACCUUGACGGAUCUAUCGUCAUACCGGAGCAUGGGGACGCAAGCAAUGGCACGGAUAUGUACGAGCUUUGGCGACCUCCAUCUGCAAGGUUCGAUGGCGAGCCAUUGAGUCCUUUGCGCUUCAACAGUGCUGGUCGGAGACCUCGAAACCGCUCUACGGACUCUCCCAAAGGCUCGCUCGGUCGCAGCGCAAGCGGACCAGUGCGGCACCACAAGUCGGUCUCUUUCGAUAGCAAGGCAGAGAACGACGAGUUGCCAGGAGAUGACAGCAAUCCUAGCGCUUCGUCUCCGGUACAAGCGCACGCGAGUGCCCCGCCCUUUGUCGUCCAGUCCUCCCGCGCUAGAUACCAUACCAUCGCUCGGUGCGCAAGUUGGCUCCAACCCAUCUGAAGAGCAGACCUCGGGCUUUGCGGCGCUGUCGCUCAACGACAAGAUCAAGCCUGCCCCGCCAUCUAGCGAGUCUGGCGAGACCAGCUCAACAGCGAACAUGUCCGACGGCGCGGGGGCCGUCACGAAUGACCCUG